UGUACUUGCAGUCUUGCAUCAGUGCAUAUCCGCGCCAACACCACAACACAAGAGCUAAUCUUAUCGUGGACGCCGAAAAACUGCGGACGAUGGGAAUUAGCUAGGCAGUAGGCACUGUUAAGCAAUCUUGGAAUUCUUGUGGAAUACAGAGUGAUAAGAGUACCGCGGUAUCAGCGAUAUUGGCCUGGAUAAGAGCAAGUAUGCUACUGGGAAAACGUGAACGCUGGUAUUCCAGUCAGUCAGCACAUGCAGGCGAGCUAUACCUACUCGGAGCAAGUCACCCUGAAAAAGUCAAUAAUUUAAUAACGCCUCAUAAUGCACUAUCGACGACAAUGCAAUACCCUGCUGCGUUAUAUAUAUUUCACCUCCCGCAGAUGCCCGUAUAAAGUGACUACGACGAGCUCUGCAUUCAACGGAUUUCCGCAGGACGAAUCACUAGCCAUGGACAACGCCACAGCUCACGCCAUCAUCAUCACCGCCCCGGCAGCUCUGGUCAUCUGGUUUGCGGUGUCCAGCGCCACCUGCGUCGUGGGCGCCGUGGCCGGCAUCCUGCUCGUGGCGGCGCUGAGCACGAAGCCGGAGCGGUGGGAAGGCACCAACCUCCUCAUCCUCCACCUGCUCCUCGUCGAAAUCGUCAACCUGACCUUUGUGGCCUUCUACCACAAUGCCGCCAUCUUCUGGCCGCAGUCCGGAUGGACGCUGAACGUGGAUUGCGUGGCGGCCACUUUCUUCCAGUACAUGCUCCUCUGCGUCGUCCACUGGAACACGUGGGUGUUGCGAAAUCUUGUCCCGCGAGUGAUGGUGGGCGUCGGUGUUGAUUUAAGCGACAUGACCGCUGCGUGCACUGUUGACUAG